AUGUCGACACCACCAUCACUUGAAAGUUUGAAAGCAGCAAUCAGUGUCCUAGCACAACAAGUGACACAACUAAAUAAUCAAGUUAACCCAACGCCGGAAGCUAAUUUCGCGCCAUUCGAAAUUAGAAACCCCACGACGGGGCACAUUGCCCAGGUGUCGCACGAGGAUCAGUUGGCUCUUCUAAAAACUAUAAACGACUACGAUGGAAACCCGAAUCUCCUUAACCAUUGGCUGAAUAAAGCGAGGAGGAUCAACCAAAUUUUUUUUGCAACGGAUUCGGAUACUCAACAAAAACAGGGUCAUUAUUACACAUUUCUGCUUGGACUAGAAUCCAAAAUUAUUGGACCUGCACAGGAAGUGCUUGCAAAAAAUAAUUACGAAGCAAAUUUCUCACUAAUGGAGAAGUUACUUAUUGAGGCGUUCGGUGAAAAAAAGAAAAUUGAGCAUUUAUUAUAUGAGAUUAUUACAGCGGAGCAACAUGGAAAAAGUAAUCACGAAUUUUAUGAAUACAUUACGACUCGACUAAACCAACUUAUAUCUUCUACAAUUCUGAAAUACGGCAAUCAAAAUGCAAAGCCUUUAAUUGAACAAUACAAAAUGCAAGCUGUAUCGGCAUAUCUUCGUGGAUUAAAUGGCAUAAAUGGAUUAAUUAUUACUGGGUAUGACCCAAAGACACUUGAAGAAGCAUAUCAUCAUGUAAUUACAAUGGAAGCUAACACAAGAUUGAAGAACGAAAUUACGAACGUUCCACAAGUACCAGCAAGAAAUUAUCAAAGAAGAUCAUCCAACCAACCGAAUAACAAUUUUCAACAACAAAGACAAGAUCAAAGAUUUCAGUAUCAACAACAAGGUACUUUAUACCAACAACGACAACACCAACGAGAUUUCCAACCGUUUCAAAGACAACAACACAGUUUUGAGCUACGAGAAUUUCAACCAUUUCAAAGACAACAACGAAGUUUUGAGCAACGAGAAUUUCAACCAUUUCAAAGACAACGAGGUUUUGAACAACGAGAAUUUCAACCACAUCAACUGCGAGAUUUACAACAAUUACAACAACAACGAGAAGUCCAACCAUUCCAACAACAGCAACAUGAGAACCAACAGUUCCAGCAACAACUUCAGCGUGAUCGAGAGCUAAGAAAUAAUCCGAGAGGGGAGCCGAUGGAAAUCGAUCGUUCAACACGAUCACGACAUGUGAAUUAUGAAAACAGAAACCAACUAAUAAAUAAUAUAGAAGAAUGCCAGGAAUACGGAAAUGAGGCAAGUUCAUGUCAACUAUUUACCUUAAUAAAAAAAGGCCUUCCAUAUUUGAAAAUUCAAGGAAAAAUAAAAACAAGACAAUUUCUAAUUGAUACAGGAUCAAAAUAUAAUUUUAUCAAACCAGGAAUUGUUGAUAAAACAUUUCUACUACGAAAUAGAUUUCAUGUUGAAUCCAUAAAUGGUGUAAAUGUUAUAAAUGAAUUUGCAAAUUUAAAUAUUAUACCUUCUGUUAACGAGAAUCAAAAAUAUUAUAUACUUCCACUUUUAACUAAAUAUGACGGGAUUACAGGAAUUCAAACCUUACAAAGAAUUGGUGCAAUUAUUAACACGAAAAUGACUCUGAUGCAAUACAUAUGAUCCAAACUUCCCAUUUAAAUGAGGAAGAGAAGUAUAAACUGCAAGAAGUAAUUAGCGAAAAUUUCAAAUUAUUUCAAGAUAAUAAUGAACCUAUGAAAACCAUUCCAGCAAAAAUUCGAACUAAGGACGAUUUUCCUAUCUAUACGAGACCUUAUAAUCCACCACACAAUAUGAGAAACGAAGCUAAAGAACAAAUUCAAGAACUAUUAGACAAAGGAAUCAUUAGAAAAUCUCAAUCACCAUAUAAUUCCCCGUUAUGGAUCGUUCCUAAGAAGAUCGAUACCAGUCAGAUUCAAAAAUAUAGAAUGGUCAUCGACUAUCGAAAGUUAAACGAUAAUACAAUCGAAUAUAAAUUUCCAAUGCCAGAUAUAAAUAGUAUAUUGUCUCAGUUGAAAGGACAAAAAUAUUUUACAGUUAUUGAUCUAAAAAAUGGGUUUCAUCAAAUUAAACUAGAUACAAGAGAUAUUGAAAAAACAGCAUUUAGCACAGGAACUGAGAAAUACGAAUUUUUAAGAUUGCCGUUCGGCUUGAAGAAUGCGCCGGCGAUCUUUCAACAGGCAAUCAACCAAAUAUUGGGCGAACAUCUGAAUAGAAUAUGCUUUGCAUAUAUUGACGAUAUCAUCAUAUAUGGAAAAACAUUGGAGGAACAUAUACAAAAUAUACGUAAAAUAUUCCAAACUUUGGUUGAGCACAAAGUUACUAUUCAAAUUGACAAAUCUCAAUUUUUACAGAAAGAAGUAAAUUUCCUAGGACAAAUUAUUUCUACUGACGGAAUUAGACCGGACCCAAAGAAACUACAAGCAUUAAAUGAGUAUCCCGAACCAAAGACAAUUAAGGAACUCAGAGCAUUUUUAGGAUUUAGUGGAUAUUACAGAAAAUUCAUCCACAGAUUUGCACAUAUUUGCAAACCACUAACCAAUUACUUGAAAGGUAUUGACAACAGAAGAGAUAAUAACACAAGAAUAGAUCUCACCCAUGAAGCUAGACAAGCUAUCGAAACAAUUAAAAACGCUAUCUCUAACGACGCUACAUUAGAAUAUCCAGACUAUACGAAAGAAUUCUUAUUAACGACAGACGCGAGCAACAUUGCUAUAGGCGCUGUACUUUCACAAAAAACAGAGCAAGGCGAAAAACCCAUAACAUUUAUCAGUAGAACAUUGAGCUCUAGUGAACAAAAUUAUUCCACAAUAGAGAAGGAGUUAUUAGCAAUAAAAUGGAGUUUGAAAAAUUUAAGGAAUUAUAUUUAUGGUCAAAAAAUAAUUGUUUUCACUGACCAUCAACCAUUAACUUAUACAAUAUCACAAAAUAAUGAUAACAGUAAGUUAAGAAGAUGGAAAUUCACAAUUGAAACAUAUAAGAUAGAAAUAAAACACAAACCAGGCAAUACUAACAAAGUCGCAGAUGCAUUGAGUAGAGUUUCUGUUAAUACAAUGACUGCUCAUAGCGCAGAAGACUUAGACGAAUAUUUUUUUCCAAGUUCUACUGCUCCUAUUAAUGUCUACAAAUUACAAAUCGUGUAUAUUGAGGGUGAAAAAGCUACGUAUACAACACAAGAUGGCAGAACACGCAUCUAUGUGAAUUUUGAAGGAAAAACAGAUAAACAAAUACAGGAAGAAUUUUUAAUGAUCAUACAAGACAGAAUAAAAACUGGAAUCAAAGCACCUACGAGAAUUAUUGGAUUAUUACAAGAAACUUACAAGGAACAUCUCUCUAAUAGCAAAACAAAAAUAUACUACGCACCAAUGGAAGUAAAAGAAAUAUUUGAUAAAGAAGACCAAUUGAAAAAAAAUAAAGAAAUCCACGAUUACGCUCAUCGCAAUGCAAGAGAAAAUGUUCAACAGGCACUCGAGCACUAUUACUUCCCAAAAAUGAGGACACUAUUUGAAAAAUAUGUAAAAACAUGUAAAAUAUGUGUACUACAAAAAUAUGAUCGUAAUCCAAUACAGGAGAAACUUACAAAUACACCAGUACCAAUGAAAGGAACACAUUUAC